AUGUUCAUAUCUAUAUAUCUAUCUAUCUAUCUAUCUAUCUAUCUAUCUAUCUAUCUAUCUAUCUAUCUAUCUAUCACAACCUAUCCAUAUCUAUCUAUCUAUCUAUCUAUCUAUCUAUCUGAACCCAUUCAUAAACAUCUAUCUAUCUAUCUAUCUCAACCUCCUGUUCAUAUCUAUCUAUCUAUCUAUCUAUCUAUCUAUCUAUCUAUCUAUCUAUCUCACAACCUAUCCAUAUCCAUCUAUCUAUCUAUCUAUCUAUCUAUCUAUCGGAACCUAUUCAUAACCAUCUCUCUAUGUAUCUAUCUAUCUAUCUAUCUAUCCAUCUAUAUACUCUCUCAUAACCUGUUCAUAUCUAUCUAUUUAUCACAACCUAUGCAUAUCUACCUAUCUCAGCCUGUUCAUAUCUAUCUAUCUAUCUAUCUAUCUAUCUAUCUAUCUAUCACAACCUAUCCAUAUCUAUCUAUCUAUCACAACCUAUUCAUAACCAUCUAUCUAUCUAUCUAUCCAUCUAUAUCAACCUGUUCAUAUCUAUCUAUUUAUCACAACUAUGCAUACCUACCUAUCUCAGCCUGUUCAUAUCUAUCUAUCUAUCUAUCUAUCUUGCUGUUACUUUAUAUCUCUCUAAUAAAUAAGCCGUCAUAUAAUACCUGA